GCUGGAUACGAUGGUGAGAGUAUCGGGAAUUGCCCGUUUUCCCAGCGCCUCUUUAUGAUUCUCUGGCUAAAGGGUGUUAUAUUUAACGUGACCACAGUGGAUCUGAAGAGGAAACCCGCUGACCUGCAGGACCUGGCUCCUGGGACGAACCCUCCCUUUAUGACUUUUGAUGGUGAAGUCAAGACAGACGUGAAUAAGAUCGAGGAGUUCUUAGAGGAGAAGUUAGCUCCCCCGAGGUACCCCAAGCUGGGGCCCCAGCACCCUGAAUCUAACUCUGCAGGAAAUGAUGUGUUUGCCAAAUUCUCGGCAUUUAUCAAAAACACCAAGAAGGAUGCAAAUGAGAUUUAUGAGAAGAAUCUGCUAAAGGCUCUGAAGAAGCUGGACGACUACUUAAAUAGCCCUCUGCCUGAUGAAAUAGAUGCCUACAGCACCGAGGACGUUGUUGUUUCUGGAAGGAAAUUCCUGGACGGGGAUGAGCUCACGUUAGCCGACUGUAACCUCUUACCCAAGCUCCACAUCAUAAAGAUCGUGGCCAAGAGAUACAGAGAUUUUGAAUUUCCUUCUGAAAUGACUGGCAUCUGGAGAUACUUGAACAAUGCUUAUGCUCGGGACGAGUUCACGAAUACGUGUCCAGCCGACCAGGAGAUUGAACAUGCAUAUUCAGAUGUUGCAAAAAGAAUGAAAUGAAGCCAGAGUGUUUUCUGUCUUAUUUCUCAGUGGUGUGAGCGAGGCUGUGACGCGAGAGUGUUCCUUGUGAGUGGUCCUUUGUUUUCCUCCAAUAGCCAUUAUGCCCGUAUCUUAAUAACACCGCAUCAUAGUGAGAUCCACUCAGCCCAAAGGGUACAUGGCCUUGUGACUUGUCAACCCACUUGUGUAUCUGAAUAAUAACAGUAUCUAUUGUGACACAUACCGCUUGUCCAGUUGACAUUAAUUUACUUCUUUGGCAUUCACGGACACUGUAACCCGUGACAUUAGGACAUGUGUUUUUCAGUUUCAAGUUUCAAAGCAAAUUAGAUGUGGGUUCAAUUCCUCCUUCAGCUGUGAAAAAACGUGUCUGUCCCUGAUAGUUUUCAUAAUCAUAUACAGCUUGUUUCUCUUCUCUAAAAUAGUUGUUUAAGUUUCUUCAGAACGAAAAUACUGUUCUUGGAGUCACAUGGUGGUACAUGCCCAUUUUAAUAUUUUAAAACAAAGUCAGAGGGUCUAAGGAAGAAAAAAUCACCUAAAAUUUUGCUCUGCCUAAAUAAUUGCUAAUAACUUGUUGGUGAACAUUUUCCCAUUUCUUAGUCCCUCACAGACAUUCGCAUGGCAUCUGACUCCACUCAUAUGAAGUUGGUGAGGGGACAUGUUAGGAAUGCCUUGAUGACCAUCCGUAGAGGACAUACGGCACUGGAGGGCUGCUAGAGGAUGCUUGUGAUCAGAUUUCACAGGUGGGGAAUUGGGAGUCCACAGACCUGCAAGGACCCAGAGGGACGAGCAGAGGCUGGGAGCCAUGGGGCGUCCCCUCUCUGCCUUGUUACCGUCUUGGUGAUGCCAGCUGCCUCUGGAUCCAGGGCAGGCAGAAAAGAAGAGGGCCUAUCAUGUGUCUUUUGUUCCAGCCUCCUGUCUGAUGCUUUCUCUCGCUCCCUCCUCCCCCACUCAUGAGACCCACCGCCCCCACUCAUGAGGUGCAGCCAACAGCUGCACUUUGGAGAAUCCUCUUGCUUUGUGAUGAAAUGUGAACCAAAUACCCUUUGACUCCUUCCAAGGGCUGCCCUGUUUGAGACCCAACACUGGGCUUCUUCAGCGAUGAUGCGGUGUGGGGCUGGCCUGGUUCUCGUAGCUUCUCUUCCCUUUACAGUGUCGUUUUGAGAUCAGGCAGGGAAAAUCCAGAAAGACUGGAUUGGUGGUGACUACUCUUGGGCAGUUCUGGUAGCUGGUCAAAUGUGGGGGCGGGGGGACGGGGAGUGGAAACUAUUGGCUCAGAGAAUGUUCUGGUUUAUCUGUGGCUUCCCCACCACCCUUCCCUGCAGCCAGGCUCUCAUCUGCAGUGCGUGUGGGCUGGGCUGCUGGGCUCCAAUGCAGGCAUAGGAGACAACGUGGAAGGUUCUAUAUAGAUACUCAUCAAGAACCCUUUCGAGUUUGAGCAUUUAGCGACCAGACCAUGUUCCUUUGACAUUUAUAUACAUUUUACAGAAAUCCCCUUGUCCAGUUGGCUGUAGCAUUUGGUUGAUGCUGAAUGCUCAGUGCUUUUUUUUUUUAAGUAAACAUUUGUUGUAUGGGCCGUUUAUUUGGCAAGGAAUAAAAUGCAUGAACAGUAACUGUUCUGGGAUUUAGUGAGUUAUGUCCAGUAAGAGAAGCAAUGUAGUUAAUAUGGCGGUCUCUUUGUCUUCCCUGUUCCUGGGUGCUACAGGUUCAUGCAGGGACUGCCCACCCAGCCUCUUGCUUCCUUUGUUAACUGUACUUUUUCUGGAGGUUGUGGCUAGCAUUCACUAUUGUUCAUGUAUCAUGACUGUUUUGAAGUCAACGUUGCAAGGUGGGGUAUAUCAUGCUACAUCUAAAUGCGGUCGGUGAGUCAACCACCAUUUGUUACUAUUGCAAACUUUUGUACUUUUAGAUGUUAGGAUGAUCCACGUAAACUCUGUGCCUUUAAAAUUAAAAUACAUGAUAAAAAUGUUUACAUGAAA